UAGUCGUUUAAGCAAGCUUCACGCUACGAAAAGAGUUAGGGAGAGUCGAGACGGAGGGGUUCGAGUUGAGUACGAAGUUACGGAAUGGACAGGAGAUGAUGCGGCAGAGGACGGGCAACAGCAUGCGGGAAUAUUCUAUGAGGCACUUCCUAGGACAUCAUGAUUUUGAUCGCUCGGUCGCCGUGCAUGCGGCCGAUCGAAUCUACCUGCUACUGGAUGAUACAGUUCCUCCUGUGUUCUCUAGGUAGCGGCAGCCGCUGCCUUUUAUUCCUGCAAUGCGGCGACUGGAUAAGUGAAUCCUACACUGAGGCUUAUCAUUAUUCGCAAGGAUACAUAGUAGUGAUCUGUCAAAUAAGAUCUAAGCUUCCGUCUAAAAGAAUAAGUUAUAUCGAAUAGGGAAUCAUUUCGGUCAGGAAAACUGGAUAAGCCCGGAACAGGCGAUUUUCAAGCCAUGGAGUAAUUAUGGCCGAGAUAUUUGUGCAGCAACCAAGAUGGCAAUCGGUGAAUGGACAUAGGAAGAUAAUUCCGCAAGAUAUCGUAUAAAGAAGUCGUUAUUGUAUUAGUAUACGACAAUAUUGAUCUCCGGGACUCGACAUGAACCAACCGAUACCAAAAUUGAAUUAGAGGUUCAAAGUUGAUAUGCAGCUAUAAUUUUUUUUUUUCGCAAGUCAGAUAUCUCGCCGGUCGUGGGCUGACCUUCCAUGUGAAAAAAGGAUGUUGCACCGCAUUCCCACGAAGCAGGCGGCCAAGAUCGAUCUUUUGAAUCGCUAGUGCUACUCAUCAAUUCGUGACUAUCCCGAAUCCAA